AUGAGAGCUCGUUAUUCACACGACAGCACCAGUGACGAUAACAGUGGCAGUGAUGUUAGGCGACAGCAACAGCGAUCUAUUGGCGACAACGAUGGUAACAAUGAUAGCGACAGU